AUGGACGGAAAGGUUUCGACAAACAGAAGCGACAGGCGUGGUUCUAGUCAGAUGCGGCAGGUCCAAGAGAAGAAAGCGUCUACUGCGACCAAUUCAUCGACGCGCAGCAGCCAGAUCGACGAGCUAAAAGCGAUCAUUGCCACACAGAACCAGACAAACUCCGUCCUACAAUCUCAGUUCGCCGCCUUGAGAUCGUCGCACGAAGCACAAGUUGCAAGCCUCGUGGACGCACACUCUGCGGAGGUUGCAUCUUUGAAAGAUCACAUUCGGUUGCUUCAGGAGCAGAACAGCAAGCACGGCCUGCACCAGGUGUCGAGGAACAAUACUUCGCUUGUCUCGGAUAGCGCUGAGCUGCCACACACGUCGAUUCGCGAAACCCCGCCGAUUGCUGAAGACCCCGACUUUGUCUGUCCGGAGAGCUUGAAGCGGAAGCUCAGCGCCACACGUCGACCAGAAAUGACAACUCGGAACCUGCUUCCAGAGCUCAAUCAGUACAGACAAAACAAUGUUGCUCUCCAACAGCAGAUCGAAUCAUUGAUGGCGAAGUUGAACGAAUCGAAGAAAAGCGAGAGAGAGCUUCGUUCAACACUAGGACUGACCGAGAUGAGAUGUGCUGAAUUCGAGGACAAGGCAACGCACGCUGACAAGCUUGCCAAAUCCACGCAGGCUCUGCAAAACACCAUUGAUCAUCUCGAGAGCCGCCUCGAGAUCGCCAACACUGAACGACUGGACGCGGAAGAGCAACUUUCGAAUCUGAUAAACGGGAAAUCACCCUUCGACCUCAUCUCAAAAGGACCACCUAGUACGAGCGACCCAGCUUCCGAUGGACGUAUGAGUAUGAGUACGGUCUUCUCGAGCGCUUCGCCUAUCAGUUCAGAGCUUGACUCGCAAGAGAACGCGACGCUAGCUUCUUUUGUUGCGCACAUUGAGCGUCUGCAAGACCAGGUCAGGGAGAAAGAUCGUCGCAUUGCGAAACUGGAGAAAGAGCGAGAACAGCUACGACGGGCACACAGCGAGCUAGAACAAGAGCACAAGAAAACUGCCGGUCGUUCAGGCACACACCACCCAGACACGCAUAUGGAAAGACUUCGAGCCGCAAUCUUGAAUCGCGAAUCCGUAAUUGAGCAUCAUAAACUCUUGUUGCAAGCGGAAAUCAGACGGCAUGCGGCAAUGAAGCUUCACAUGGCUGGGGAAGGGGAAGACAGCUGGCCGGAGCUUGCCUCCAUUGCGAGACGGGAAGACAUCGAUAGGUGGAUGGAUAGGCUCCACGAGCGCUUGAGGAGGGAGCAAUCUAAACAGAAGGGAAAGGCUCUUGCCGAUACUCCGGAUGUGCAGAUAGAGAGCUUGCGACAGGAGAUCGACUUCUACGUUAGGGAAAUUAUUCUCUUCAAGCUCGACAUCAAAGGUUACAAGAGCGACAUUCGAAAGCUGAAGAAAAUCACUGCGCAAAUGGAAGCUUACGGCCGGACGAGCGAUCUGGAAUCUGAAGCAUGUUCUCUCAGGCCAACAGCUACACCUGUCCCCUCGUAUUUCCCGCCGACCACACCAGAGCUCGAUGGCGCCAGUGUUGUCUCGCCUGCUAUAGACGAAGGUCAUAUUGUGACUGCCCUGGGAGGAUCCCCGGUUGCUAUCUCCCCAUUAGCUCCCUCGCGCGAUCGGGACCGCGUCUUCAUGGCACCAAGAAACUCACGCGAGCUCGACAUACCAGCAACAUUAUAUGAGGUGGCGCAUAAGGAUGACUACGCAACCGGAGCUGAUCUCAUGAGUGCGGGGGCCUCUUCAAACUUGGUCUUACCGCGGACAGCUACGGUAUGUGCGCGCUGA